GAGCUGAAGGCCCAGGCGGAGGAGGUGGUCCCCGGCCCGGCCGCGUCUCCGCCGCCCUCCCAGGAGCCCGCGCCGCAGGCCGAGCUUCCCGCCCCCGCGCAGGGCUCUGCCUUGGCGGAGCAGGUCAGCGACCCGCCUGCGGAUGGCCCGGCUCAUGCGUCGGCAGAGGAGGCUGGCGGACCCGAGGGCAGCGCGGCUGAGGCCGAGCCGCGCGUGGUGGAGAACGGCGAGGCGGAUGAGCCCUCCUUCAGCGACCCCGAGGACUUCGUGGACGACGUGAGCGAGGAAGAAUUACUUGGCGAUGUACUCAAAGAUCGUCCCCAGGAAGCAGAUGGAAUCGAUUCGGUGAUUGUAGUGGACAAUGUUCCUCAGGUGGGGCCUGACCGACUUGAGAAGCUCAAAAAUGUCAUCCACAAGAUCUUUUCCAAGUUUGGGAAAAUCACAAAUGAUUAUUAUCCUGAAGAGGAUGGAAAAACAAAAGGGUAUAUCUUCCUGGAAUAUGCGUCUCCUGCCCAUGCUGUGGAUGCUGUAAAAAAUGCUGAUGGUUAUAAGCUCGAUAAGCAGCACACAUUCCGGGUUAACCUCUUCACCGAUUUUGACAAGUAUAUGACGAUCAGUGAUGAAUGGGAUAUUCCAGAGAAACAGCCUUUCAAAGACCUGGGAAACUUACGUUACUGGCUGGAAGAGGCAGAAUGUAGAGAUCAAUACAGUGUGAUUUUUGAGAGUGGAGACCGGACUUCAAUAUUCUGGAAUGAUGUGAAGGACCCUGUCUCAAUUGAAGAAAGAGCGAGAUGGACAGAGACAUAUGUGCGUUGGUCUCCAAAGGGCACCUACCUGGCAACCUUUCAUCAGAGAGGCAUUGCUCUUUGGGGUGGAGAGAAAUUCAAGCAAAUCCAGAGAUUCAGUCACCCAGGGGUUCAGCUCAUUGACUUCUCACCUUGUGAAAGAUACCUGGUGACUUUUAGCCCGCUGAUGGACACUCAGGAUGACCCUCAGGCCAUAAUUAUCUGGGACAUCCUUACUGGGCACAAAAAAAGAGGAUUUCACUGUGAAAGCUCAGCCCAUUGGCCUAUUUUUAAGUGGAGCCAUGAUGGUAAAUUCUUUGCAAGAAUGACGCUUGAUACCCUUAGCAUCUAUGAAACUCCUUCAAUGGGUCUUUUGGACAAGAAGAGUUUGAAGAUUUCUGGAAUAAAAGACUUUUCUUGGUCUCCUGGUGGUAACAUAAUAGCCUUUUGGGUCCCUGAAGACAAAGACAUUCCAGCCAGGGUAACCCUGAUGCAGCUUCCUACCAGACAAGAGAUCCGAGUUAGGAAUUUGUUUAAUGUUGUGGACUGCAAGCUGCAUUGGCAAAAAAAUGGAGAUUAUUUGUGUGUUAAAGUAGAUAGAACUCCAAAAGGAACCCAGGUAAGUGGACAUCAGAGGGAAUAGGUUGUUCCUUGUACU